AUGGCCUCAACAAUCGGAAAACUCGUGCCUCUCAUCGUCGCCGUCAUUAUCGUCUCGGCCAUCGGCUGGGUCCUCUACCAAGUCUACGACUCGGCCACCAAGUUUCGCGACUCCGCCUCGGAGCGCAUGGGAAAGAAGAAUGUUGUCUUCACCAAGGACGGCGUGCGAGUGGGCGUCAGACACGUGCAGAACGAGAACUAUGUGGACAAGACCCAGAGCUGGGUAGUCAAGGCUUGGAAUUUGGGACAACCCAAGCCUGAUGCCGACUUGCAGAAACGAAAGAAAUAA